AUGGUAAAACGUGAAGGCAAGAUAAUGUGGAUUCUGAUGGUAUCCUUCACCUUUUUUUCACCGUUUCUUUCGUUCAUCGAUGGAUUAGGAUUAGCAGGGAAUUAUUCAACGAACGGUAGUAAUAUAACUUCUGUUCCAGUAAAAGCCAAUGAAACGCAUGUGGACACUACUUUAUCGAUGUUUAAUGUUACAGAAAUUGAAUCACUUUGUCUUCGAAUGCAUAAUAAUACAGCGUUUAUGGGUAUUCAACCAUUUGCACGACUUUUGCUUUAUUCAGCCAGCGAAUGCCGUCGGAACUGUAUUGAUUUGUAUCCGAGAUGUGUUGCAGUGAUGUUUUACUAUUUACAUGAACGCGACAAAGAUCAUAUUUGUUAUUUGUUCAGCAAAAAUAGCAUUGAUCAAGAUGUUGCUUUAGUGCCAGAAAAACCGUUGAAGAAAUUGGAUAUGAUACGAUCGUUGGAAAUUGUUGCCGAUUGUCAUCAAUUCGAUCCUUUUCCACCGCUUUUUACCGAUUUCACAACUUCUACCGAUGCAGUUUCGAAAAAGAAACGCGAUGUUGGCUAUGAUAGGCCAAUUGAAGCUACCGGUCCCUGGUCAGCAUGGUCCGAAUGUUCACCACGAUCAUGUAGACAAGUUCGAUCACAACUCUGUGAAUAUGGUCGUAACAUUCAGCGUAGACGAUGCUCACCUAGCAGUACUUAUCAUCAUACAUUAGGAUACGGUGUUAAAAUUACCAGUUACGCUCCAAGUAUUGAUAUCAGUAUAUCAUAUCCACCAUAUCCAUAUCAGCAUCCUGAUGUCACUUCUGAUGAAUAUAAGAGAAUAAUGAGUGCACACAGUAAACAAAUGGCACAAUCAUGUUGCUAUUGGCAAGAUUAUUUUCGUCAAAAAUCCGUAAAUAUGACCAGAGAUCAGAAAAUACAGACUCGACAACAACUUGGAAUCGACGAUGAAUGUCCAACAGUAUGUCCAACGUCUGCUCAGUCAAAACUCCAACCACUAACUUAUGGUCAAGUGCAACCGCAAUCAGUAGUUUAUGGUCAAGCACCACUUCAACAACCAGUUUAUGGUCAAAAACUACCCCAAUCAUCAGUUUAUGGUCAAGCACCACUUCAACCAGCAGUUUAUGGUCAAAUACCACCUCAACCAUCAGUUCCUGGUCAAGAACCACCUCAACCAUCAGUUUAUGGUCAAAUACCACCUCAACCAUCAGUUCCUGGUCAAGAACCACCUCAACCAUCAGUUUAUGGUCAAGCACCACUUCAACCAGCAGUUUAUGGCCAAACACCACCUCAACCAUCAGUUCCUGGUCAAAUACCACCUCAACCACCAGUUCAUGGUCAAAUACUACCUCAACCACCAGUUCAUGGUCAACUACAACCUCAGGCACCACUCGAUGGUCAACCACAAACUCAGGUGCAAAUUGAUGGUCAACCACCAUCUCAAGCACCAAUAAGCGUAUGGUCAAGCUGGUCAGAAUGGUCAUUUUGUUCUGCAACAUGUGGAGUUGGCAUGGUACAGCGGUAUCGUAUUUGUAAUACAGAAAAAUGCAUAGGUGAAAAUGUUGAAUGGCGUACAUGUCAUCAAAUUAUUCCCUGCGUAGCAAGCUGGGCUGAGUGGACUGCAUGGAGUACUUGUACUGCAACAUGUGGAACAGGUGAAAAGGCACGAUCGCGUUACUGUUAUCUUGGUGUGGGUUACUGUACCGGUCCUGAUUACGAGAUAACAGAAUGUCAAGCGGUAUCAUGCCCAGGAUGGAGUCAAUGGGAGCCGUGGUCACAUUGUUCAGUAACAUGCGGUACUGGCACCAAAAGACGUGCACGUAUUUGUGAUGGCGAUAAAUGCAUUGGAGAUGCUUAUCAAGAAACUCAGUGUUAUCAUGAUGAAUGUGAAGAAUGGUCACAAUGGCAGGAAUGGUCAGCUUGUUCGGUAUCAUGCGGAGAAGGAGUUAUCAUUAGGGAACGUGUUUGCAUGGGACGGAAUUGCAUCGGUGAAAGUAGUGAGCAGAAUAUGUGCAUAGAACAGGCAUGUGCAACAUGGCAAGAAUGGGGUGAAUGGUCAGCAUGUUCAGCAAGCUGUAAUUUUGGUAUUUCAACACGAAGGCGUUUAUGUCAUGGAAUUUUCUGUCCCGGAAAACGAGUGGAAGUGAUGCCAUGUCAUGCUGGUCGAUGUGAAAUGUGGUCAACAUGGGAAGAAUGGUCCAAAUGCUCGGUAACAUGUGGUAGUGGAAUACAACAGCGAUAUCGUAGUUGUAUUGGUGAUGAUUGCCCAGGAAGUGCUGAGGAUGUACAGUACUGCGAAACUGGUUUAAGUUGUCCACAAUGGACAAAAUGGACACCAUGGUCAAGGUGUAGCCAAGAUUGUGGAAUUGGUGAACGGGUACGACAUCGAGAAUGCUCAUUUGAGGAUGGAGCAGCUGAUAGUUGUAAAGGAGAAAAAUCGGAAAGUGCAGUAUGCUUAGAACGAUUAUGUUGUGAAUGGACCUCAUGGUCAAGUUGGACACCAUGUAGUCAUCGAUGUGGUACUGGUCGUAGUUCACGAACAAAAAUGUGCUUAAGACUUGGUUAUGAGCAGGAUGAUUCCAGUUGUACUGGUCAUUGUUAUGGUGAUUCACGUGAGGAUAAGAGUUGUAGCGAACAUGCACCUUGUGCAACAGUUACUUAUCCAUCAAUAUGUAUUCUUGCAACCAGACCUUAUUAUACACCAGGUUUAUCUGGUGCUGUUGUUAAACCUGGUCCAGGUGGAAUUUGUCCGCCUGGUUAUGUUCUUGCACCUAGUGCAACUGGCUACAUUCCUGCACCUACUGCAACUGGCUACGUUCCUACACCUACUGCAGCCGGCUACGUUCCUACACCUACUGUAACUGGUUACGUUCCUGAACCUACUGUAACUGGUUACGUUCCUGCACCUACUGUAACUGGCUACGUUCCAGCUCCUGGUGUUCCUACACCUGCUCAACCUAUAUCUGCUAUAUCUGGUUAUGUCCCUCCAUCUGUUACACCUGGUUACACUUCGGCAAUAAUUCCUUCCGAUUACGUUUCGGUACCUGGCACACCGGAUUUUGCUGUUGCACCAAGUGCUGCUGCUGGUUAUGUUCCUCCAUCAAGUGUUCCGGAUUACUUUCCUGCACCUGCCACAUCUGGUUAUGGUAUUAUGCCAGGGGUUCCUGGUUAUGUUUUUGUACCGGGUACAUCAGAUUAUGGUGUUGCACCAGGUGCUCCUGGCUACAUUCCUCCACCAAGUGCUCCUGGUUACCUUCUACCACCAAGUGCUCCGGGUUAUGGUCCUGCACCAAGUGUUUCCGGUUAUCUUCUUACAUCUUCCGGUCAAGCUAUCUCACCCGGUAUCUUCAUCGAGGUUAGAUGUCACUGGGCUGAGUGGUACCAAUGGUCGACAUGUGAAAGAACAUGUUAUCACCAUGUUAAACGUCGAUCCAGGAAUUGCCUUGGAGAAGCUGAUUGCAUUUGUAGCGGUGAUGCACAUGAAGAGAUGAACUGUUUGCUACCAGCAGAAUGUAAAAAUUGA